AUGUGCCUCUGUCGCGAUCAAGCUUGGUCCCUGGGAUGGUUAUCGCUAUGCUCCUCCCUCUCCUCUCCUCUCACGCCGUCCACAUCUUUCUGUUUACAACGCAUUCUUCUGUAUCUCUGCACAUUGAUUCUUCCCUUAACAGAAUCCAAGUACGAGGACACUCUUGGGUAUUUGCAUGCGCCAAAAGUUAAGAUUGAAUGCUGUGUUAUAUCCCCCUCUGUACUACCUUCUGCGCAUACUCGGCUUUUACGCGCCUCAACUUUACUUCCCCCCUCCUCUGCCUUAUGUUUCCUCCCUCCAACUUUCUAUAAUCCGUUCCCACUAACUGCUCCAACGGACGCCGUCCUCCGUCCGUCCAUCCACCUUAUUCGCCCAUCUUGGCCCAUCUGUCCAUCAUCACCCUUGCAACACCUCUGCAAUCGUCCAGUCACUCGUUCAUUUCAACAGUCCAACCAACAACCCGCAAGUUUUACUCGAAUGUCAUUUGCGAUCGUUCAACCGUUUUCUCCUGCCCAAUCCUCAACAUUCCUGCCGUGUCUGCUUGCACUGAAGGACUUCGCACCGUUCGUUCGAUUUCGCUCAUUGUAUGCGCGGAGCCGGUAAUCCGAACCAAUUUGUGAAGAUCGGGAUGUGCUCCCACAGUGUUCUUGUUCCCAUCUCCUUCCAAACGCCAGGUUUGACGACGGCGACAACAUAGAACGGGAGAAAGACUAGAGAGCCUAGAAUCGAUAGGUAGAAUGGUUUUUUCAUAUCUUUCUGAAAGGGUGUUGUUGGGUCCCUUUGUCGAUUCGUGCCUCUUCGUCUGGAG